AUGAAUCCAAUCCAAGAUUCGGAAAACAUGGACCCGACGAGGACGAAGAAACGAAACGCUUCCGCGCAGUCCCUCGCAACGACGACGCAGAAGAAACACCAACGGCAAGGCGAGAAGCACCCGUUGUCCGAUUAUGCCGCCGGAUCAAUCACUAAAAUCGUUUUAUCAAACUUCAUGACGUAUUCCUCCGUCUCGUUGACGCCUGGUCCAGAUUUGAACGUGUUGAUUGGCGCGAACGGGACCGGGAAGUCCAGUUUCGUUUGCGCGAUUGCGUUAGGCUUGAACGGUAAAACGGAUUUGUUAGGACGAGCGAAAGAGCUGUCGGAAUUCGUGAAAAGAGGCGAGACGAAAGCGACGAUUGAGAUUACCUUGAAAAGAACCUCCGGCGGAGGCGACGAGGUGGACGUGGUGAAAAGAACGCUGACGAAAGCAAAAGGCGGGACGAAAGCAAACACGGGUUCCGCGUGGCACAUCAACGGGCAACCGUCGAAUUCGGCCGAAGUCGACUUGUUGGUAAAGGGAAAGCAUCACGUCGAAUUGGGGAACUUGACGAACUUUUUACCGCAAGAUAAAGUGGCGAGUUUCGCCGGAUUAUCGGAAACGGACAAGUUGUCGACGACGGAAACGACGGUAAAUAACGGAGAGUUGUGGAAGUUGCACGAAGAGUUGAUCGCGAAGAAAGAAAACAUUCGCAACGAUGAGCGGAGAUUGUCGAUGUUGCAGCACAGUUUAGAUCAAAACACGCGAAGUUUGCAGACGUUGUCCGCGGACAAGGAAAAAGUGGAGAAACAGCAGGAGUUUCAAACGAAAGCGGAAGAAUACAAGAUGAAGAUUCCGUGGAUCAGAUUUGAAAAGAAGAAAGUGGAGUUUAGCAAAAUCAAAGAAAAGUACGCCGAAUCGAAAGAAAAGUUGAGAGGUUGCCUUAAAGAGAAAGAAAUCGCGGCCAAGCCGGUAAAGGAACUGGAAGUUUUAGAACACAAGAUGGGCAAGGAAUACAGCGUGAAAAAGAAAGCGACGAUGGACGCUCAGGUUAAAGAGCGCACCGCACUCACGAAAUUGAGAGGUUUGGGAACGACAUACGACGAUAAAGCCGGGCUGCUCUCUUCGGCAAACAGAAAAGAGAAGGAUGCGGAAAAAACCGUGAACAGAAUUAAGGCCGAUAUUAAGAAUAUUACGCAAGCGAUGAGCGAAAUCCCUGAGGUUGCCGAUACAAACUUGGAUUUGUUGAAAACCUUGAAGGCGAAAUACGAAAGCGUACGAAAAGAUCGGAUACCGCUUGAUACUCGUAUUGACCAGGCGUCCAUGAGAUUGCGGCCCGCGGAACAGAGGGUGAGAAACUUAGAAAUCCGCCAAUCGGAUUUGGACAGCGUUCGCGGAAAGAAAUUGAAAGCUUUGACGCAUGCGCACAGAAACGCAAUCAAUAUGACGGAGGUCGAUAAGGAAGUUCGCGAUUUGGCGAAAAGAUUGAACAAAGAGAAGAAGCUCAAAGGACCAGUUUUGUGCGAAAUUGAGUGCAACAAUCAAAACAACCAGACGUUCUUACAAAAACAUCUCGGGCUUUCGAUGUUGUCGAGCUACGUCAUCGAUGACGACCAAGAGUUGCUGGGCGCGAUUAAUAACCUCUUCAAAACGAAAAGAUGGCAUUUGAUGUGCAACAACCAAACGGACACGAAUGAGCACGUGAGAGGCGCGAACUUUAAGAACGAGUACAAAGCCUAUGGCGUUUCGGAAACGUUAGAUUUGACGUUUACGGCGCCAAACUGCGUCAUGAAGACCUUGGUCGCUUUGAAUCGCGUAGAUAAAGCCGCCAUCGCCGACGUGAAAGUCAUGGACGCUGCGAAGUACCAAGAAAUGGUCAACUCGAAGCUCGGGAAGAUUGGCCAAGUGUAUACGACUAAAAACGUCUUUAUUGAACUCAGAUCGAGGUACAAUUCGAAAGUUACGUUUGAAACGGAAGAAAUGAGACCGCUAAAUUUCAGACUGUUUGGCGCACAAGUGGACAGAGAGGACAUGGAAAAGGUGAAGAGAGAUUUGGCGGAGGCCAGGUCGCAAGUCCAAGAACUUCAAAAAGACCAGAAUGAUAUCGUUGAACAGUCAAACGCGCUCAAAAGGCGAGAGAUGGAAGCCGAAAGAGCGUGGCGAGAGGAAAAAGCGCGAUUGAACAAACCGAAGUCAGAUAAACAAAGAUUAGAGGCAAAGCUAAGAAGUUUGCAAGAAUCGUACAAACUGGCAAAAGCGAACACGAACCUCUCGGCGACUCGCGAACAAUUAAAAAAGUCUCUCGCGACUCUCGCGACGCAACGCGCGCAACAAGUGCAGACAUACGUCGCCGUUUUAGAUGCACUCUUUGCGGCGAGAAAGGAACAGGACUUGGCCGAGUUGAAGUAUACUGAUACAAAGAUACGCUUGAUGCACUACAAGAACAUUGAAGCCCAAGUCAGGGACGACUGUGAUAAGGUAGCCGAUGCGCACGACGAAAUUACUGAAAAGAAGCAACGAAGUGCUCGACAAUGCAAAGAAGCGAAGGAAGAAGCCGAUGCCGAAGCACCGCUCACGGAAGAGUUGAAAAAGAAGAUGGAAAGUAUGCCGGACGAUGAAGACGAGCUGUUGAAGGAGGUUGAACUUUGGGAAGAAAAAGCGAGCGCUGUUGUGUGCAACAAUCCAACCGCCAUGCAGCAAUAUAAGAAGUACGAAGCCGAAAAGAAAGACCUGAAAGAGAAAAUCGCAGCACUCGCACCGACCGUGAAUGGCGGACAAGAGGUCAUCAAAGGACUCAAGGAGCAAUGGUUACCGCAGCUCCAGAAGGUUCUGGGGGAAAUUUCGGUAGCGUUUCACACAAACUGCCGACAAGUUGGUAUCCACGGAGAAGUCAGACUUCGCGAACCCGACGAUCCAGAUGAGUUCUCACAGUACGCGUUGGAUAUUCACGUCAAGUUCCGAGAAGGUGAACCAUUACACGCGCUCGAUAAGAAUAGACAAUCUGGUGGCGAACGCGCCGUUGCGACGAUGUUGUACCUCAUAUCGCUCCAAAAUCUGACAAAAUGUCCAUUCCGCGUCGUUGACGAAAUUAACCAAGGUAUGGAUCCGAAGAAUGAACGAAAAGUGUUCAAACAAAUGGUGGACUCGGCGUCGGAACCGUCGACCCCGCAGUGCUUUCUCCUCACGCCAAAGCUGUUGAAUGGGUUAGAAUAUAACGACAACGUCACAGUUUUGUGCAUCUUCAACGGGUACCGACCUGGAGCUGGUCUCCAUCUCCAAAGCGAAUUGCAACCGUGCACUCCGUAG